AUAUAACGUUACGAGAAACAGAACGUUCCUUAUCCUUCACAUCCCAGAGAGGUGUCCGGUCUGUCACUGUUUCCCCAUUCCAUUUUAGCACAUUCUGUCAACCCCGACCGAACGAUUUGUCCCUCUCUCAGUAAACAUGUCUAAGGGACCAGCAGUUGGAAUCGAUCUUGGAACCACCUACUCCUGUGUUGGUGUGUUCCAGCAUGGCAAAGUUGAAAUCAUUGCCAAUGACCAAGGCAACAGGACCACACCCAGCUAUGUGGCUUUCACAGAUACCGAGAGACUGAUUGGAGACGCAGCCAAGAAUCAGGUUGCCAUGAACCCUACCAACACAGUUUUUGAUGCCAAACGAUUGAUUGGCCGGAGGUUUGAUGAUGGCGUUGUACAGUCAGACAUGAAGCACUGGCCAUUUUCUGUAAUCAAUGACAGCAGCCGCCCCAAGGUUCAGGUUGAAUACAAGGGUGAAACUAAAUCCUUCUACCCAGAGGAAAUCUCCUCUAUGGUGUUGACAAAGAUGAAGGAAAUUGCUGAGGCCUACCUUGGAAAAACUGUCAACAAUGCUGUGAUCACAGUACCUGCUUACUUCAAUGACUCCCAGCGUCAGGCCACCAAGGAUGCUGGCACCAUCUCUGGCCUCAAUGUUUUGCGUAUAAUCAAUGAACCAACUGCAGCUGCUAUUGCCUAUGGGCUGGACAAGAAGGUUGGGUCAGAGAGGAACGUGCUCAUCUUUGAUCUCGGUGGUGGCACUUUCGAUGUUUCCAUCUUGACCAUCGAGGAUGGAAUCUUUGAAGUGAAAUCCACUGCUGGAGAUACUCAUCUUGGUGGGGAAGACUUUGACAACCGCAUGGUUAACCACUUCAUUGCCGAGUUCAAACGCAAGUACAAGAAGGACAUCAGCGACAACAAGAGGGCAGUCCGACGUCUGCGUACUGCUUGUGAGCGGGCAAAGCGCACCUUGUCUUCCAGCACCCAGGCCAGCAUUGAGAUCGACUCUCUCUAUGAGGGAGUUGACUUCUACACCUCUAUCACCAGAGCUCGUUUUGAGGAGCUCAAUGCUGAUCUCUUCCGUGGAACUCUUGACCCAGUGGAGAAGUCUCUCCGUGAUGCCAAGAUGGAUAAAGGUCAGAUCCAUGACAUUGUCUUGGUAGGUGGCUCCACCCGUAUCCCCAAAAUCCAGAAGCUCCUUCAGGAUUUCUUCAAUGGAAAAGAGCUGAACAAGAGCAUCAACCCAGACGAAGCUGUGGCUUACGGAGCUGCUGUCCAGGCUGCCAUUCUGUCUGGAGACAAGUCUGAGAAUGUACAGGACCUGCUCCUUCUGGAUGUUACUCCUCUGUCCCUGGGUAUCGAGACAGCUGGAGGUGUCAUGACUGUCCUGAUCAAACGCAACACCACCAUUCCAACAAAGCAGACCCAGACCUUCACCACAUACUCUGACAACCAGCCUGGUGUGCUUAUCCAGGUCUAUGAGGGAGAGCGUGCUAUGACAAAGGACAACAACCUUCUGGGGAAGUUCGAAUUGACAGGAAUUCCUCCUGCUCCUCGUGGCGUUCCACAGAUUGAGGUGACAUUCGAUAUUGAUGCUAAUGGCAUCAUGAAUGUCUCUGCUGUUGACAAAAGCACUGGCAAGGAGAACAAGAUCACUAUCACAAACGACAAAGGUCGCCUCAGUAAGGAGGACAUCGAGCGCAUGGUUCAGGAAGCUGAAAAAUACAAGGCAGAGGAUGAUGUGCAACGUGACAAGGUGGCUGCAAAGAAUGGCCUGGAAUCUUAUGCUUUCAACAUGAAGUCAACUGUGGAGGAUGAGAAGCUUGCUGGAAAGAUCAGCGACGAUGACAAGCAGAAGAUCUUGGAUAAGUGCAAUGAAGUGAUCAGCUGGCUAGAUAAGAACCAGACUGCUGAAAAGGAUGAGUAUGAACACCAACAGAAGGAACUGGAGAAGGUGUGCAACCCUAUCAUCACAAAGCUGUACCAGAGUGCUGGUGGGAUGCCAGAAGGCAUGCCUGGUGGCUUCCCAGGAGCAGGUGGUGCUGCUCCCGGUGGCGGAUCCUCUGGCCCAACCAUCGAGGAGGUCGACUAAACAUGCCAUCCCCUCAAACCUACCUCCUGGGAUGUUAAGACCGAAGCCCUCUUACAGCAGAAGUUACAAGCUUAAGAGUGUAUUGACUAGGUCCAUAACUGCAUUGACACAUGGAAAACUUGUCUGCAAACACUGAUUUGACAUGUCUUGUUUUAUAGACUGUCACUUCCUUAAAAAUAAAAUUUGCAACUGUUGA